UUACUCUUUGCCAUAAAUUUUGCGACACUCACAAGGCUGCGCAAGAAGCAGCGCAAAACACACCAUGAAUAAAAUACGCGCAAUCCAGGCGCUGAAUAAGAAAGAGAUAGAAAAUGGAAUUACUCCAGAAGCUUCCUGGCAUACAGACUAUCGAGACACUGCCUAUGUCUACUUUGGCGGUCUUCCUUACGAAUUAUCCGAAGGCGAUGUAAUAGCGAUUUUCUCACAAUUUGGGGAGCCCGUAUUCUUAAAGCUGGCUCGUGACAAGGAGACUGGCAAGUCGAAGGGCUUUGGUUGGCUCAAGUAUGAGGACCAGAGAAGUACCGACUUAGCAGUUGACAACCUUGGCGGAGCAGAUAUUGGUGGUCGCCUGAUCAGUGUCGACCAUGCGCGAUACAAAGCGCGGGAUGAUGAAGACCCCGAAGAGUUCAAGGUCGGCUGGGAGGACAUGCUCAGGCGAGAGGGACAAGCGCUAUCAGAAGAUGAGAGUAGCGAGGAGGAAGUGAAGCGGCCGAUGCUACCAGAAGAGCGAGAACUCGCGCUUCUGAUGCAGGAUCAUGAUGACGACGAUCCCAUGAAGGGCUUCUUAAUCGAAGAGAAGAAGAAGGAAGUUGAAGAGGCGCGGCGCAAAACAGAAAAGAAGGAUCGAAAACACAAACACAGACAUCAUCGGUCACAUAGAUCGAGGAGGGAUGGAAGCGAAGAAGAUCGCGACCGUAGAUCAAGACGAGAUGAGACUCCCAAAGGCAAAGAGGACCGACAUCGUGAUAAGGAUUCCCGACGACACAGAGAUGACGACCAAGACCGAGAAAGGAGACGCGAUAGGGACAGAGAUAGGCGAAGGGAGAGAAAAGACGACGAUGAAGACCGACAUCGCGACCGAGAUCGGAGGAGAGACCGCGGUCGAGAGCACAGAAGGCAUAGGGACGACGCCCAUGACGAGUCACGACACAAACGACGCAGGGAAGAAGACCAGGAGGAGAAAACAUCAAGGAGAAGGAGCAGAAGUCGGUCGCCACGAAGGCACGACGAUUAAAGCACAUUAUACUGUAAAACAAUAUUUCACUCGGUCCAAAGUAGCGCUACUUAUCCUGAACCCCUCAAACGCCCAUCCCAAGUUUGCCCAG